GGCGCUCACCCUCACCGUCCUCUCCCGGACGCUCUUCUCUCCCAGAGUCCUUACUGCUCUUACCCGGCCCCGCCAGCUCCCGGGGAUAGCCAAACUUUCCCAAACUGAGAGGCUGCUCACGGGUAUCCAGCGGAGAAGGAGGGAUGGAGAGCUGAGCGGCUGCGGAGGAGGCGGGUCCUGAGGGAGCGCUUUGGGAAAUUUGUCGUGGGGGGCCUCCAAAGGCCUCUGCCACCUCUAGGGAUGCUGGUGCUGCCGCCUCCCCGCACCCAGCCUCCGUCGCUCCCCUCUGUUGAGGCCAUGGAGGUCCCUAUCCUUUGGACAGGUGGGUGCCCAGAACCGGGACCUUCCUCCUCCACCGGCUCUCCCCAGACAUCGUUCCUUCCAAGGUCCAACCACUACUUUCUCAUUGAUACCCAGGAUGUAUCUCCCCCCCCCCCCACAGUGCUGGUGGACGAGGAGUCACAGAGGGAGGCGGGAGCUGAUGUAACUUAGGCCCAGAAAGAGUGCUACAGCUGUCCCAUGUGCUCUAAGGUCUUUAAGUGCAUGUCUUAGCUUCAGCGACACAGCAUCACUCAGUUAAAGGCGAAGCCCUUUGAAUGUGACACGUGUGGGAAGGCGUUCAAGCUGGCCAGCUACCUUGCACAGAACCAUUCCUCUCAGGCUGGUGGGGGUUGGCCCCACGGCUGCUUGCUCUGCCCUAGCCGCUUCCCUGAGGCUGGAGAGCUGGCCCAGCACAGCCUUGUGCACUCAGGGGAGCGCCUGUUCCAGUGCCCACACUACAGAAACACACCUGGUAGAAGUAUCUCUGAGCUGCCUCGAAACUGUGGGCCUCCCCUCCUGAAUCUCUGACACUGGCCCGCGUUGCAGGACGGCUUUAACGACCCUGGACACAAACCUCAAAGGGACCUCCUGAUGGAGUCAGAGUGGAUCACCAUGGUGCUUUGGAGCUGUGAUGGGAAUGCACACAGAAGUCCAUCCCUGAAGACCUGGGAAACUAUUCCAGAGUCCUGACUGAGGAAGUGGAGGCCAUUGCUGUUUGGGGAAACUCUCUUGCUUCAGAGAGGUUUUGGUGGGCAGUCAGGAGACCCCUGUAUUCUGACACUUGGGACAGGGCCCUUGACAGGACCCACAAUAAACACUUCUGUUCUCAGCACUGUUGUGCUUGGAGAUAUCUUGGGUGGUUCUUACCAUGAGUAGGUAGACCCGGGCUGGGCUGCCUGCUCCAGGAGUUGGGCCUACCUCAGCUCCUGAAGACUGUUUUCCGAGACAGAGUCUCCUUGUAGCCCCAUCUAGGACUCAGAGAUCCAUCUGUCUCUGCCUCCCAAGUGCUGGGAUUAAAGGUGUGUCCACCAAAGUUCUGAUCCUCUUUGCCUCCACCUCCUGAGUGCUGGGAUUACAGACAUGUGCCACAAUGCCCAGUUUAUGUGGUGCUGGAUACUGAACCCAAGGCUUGGUACAAGUUAGGCAAGUAUCUGCAGACUGAGCCAUAUCCCCAGCACCUUUACCAUUUAAAUCAUAAUCUCCUGUAACACGCUUUACACAAACUUACAUGGAACAAGUUUAACAGUGCACACAAGGACACCCUGAUGUACUUUUCACAUUAAUGUUCAUCUCACUGUAUGAAAUCAAUGAAAAACAUUGACCUAGGGCAGGUGGCUCCCCCUGGACUUGACCCAGGCUGCAGUUUCUGAACGUGAAGCAGGAGAGAGAGAGGGUUAGUUUUCUUGGUUGACACGUUCAGCCUCCCUCUGCAAGGUGAAAGUCCUGCUUCCACAGGGGCUCCAUAACUAGAGCAGGUCAACCGGUGGGGCAUAAUAAACAUGUGUUUUCUGA